AUGGCACGCAGCAGCGCCUUGCCGUUGUUUCUUCUCGCGCUCUCGUGCUGGUCGUGGUUUGGCGCCGUCGUCACGGCGCGGCCGACCCCGAGCACCACCACAGCCGCCGGCGGCGGCGGCUUCAUCACGUCGUGGUGCGCGGGGACGGACUACCCGGCCCUGUGCAACGCGACGCUGGCCCCGUACGCGGCGGAGGUCGGGGCCAGCCCGGCGCGCCUGUCGCUGGCCGCGCUGACUGUCACGCUGGACGGCGCGCGGAAGGCGACGGCCGCUAUGAAGGCGAUGGUGGCGGCGGGCGCGAGGAGCAGCCACCUGCACCUGGUGCCCGUGGCGGCCCAGGCGGCGGAGGACUGCGUGGGCAUGCUCGAGGACGCCGUGGACCUGCUGCAGCAGUCGGUGGAGGCCAUGGAGCGCCUCGGGAAGGAGGAGCCGAGCGGCGUCAGCGGGCAGGGGCAGGCCGGGAGCGGCAGCAGGAGCGUCAGGUUCCAGGUGAACAGCGUGCAGACGUGGGCGAGCGCCGCGCUGACGAACGACGACAUGUGCAUGGAGGGGUUCAAGGGCCAGCCCGCCGUCGUGAGGGAGGCCGUGCGGGGGAACGUCGCCGGCGUCACGCACCUCACGGCCAUCGCGCUCGCCAUCAUCAACGCCAUGGCCAAGCAAAUAUAA